CCAUUUCAGAUAAAUUAGUAAUGCAGUGAUGAUGUUGAAGACCUGAAAAAUGAAGGCCCUAUAUCUACUUUUUAUUUUAGUUCGUUUGCGUGGUGUAUCGAGCUACAAAGAAUGCCGAGACAAUUAUGAAAAUUGCUUGGUUUUGGAUACCAGAAACUGUUUUGGAGAGGAACAGUCAUGGAUGCAGGAAAAUUGUGAAGAAACCUGUGGGAUCUGUAAAAAUAUUCGUGAUGAAUGCAGAGACACCGUCAGUACGUGUGCUGAUAUUCCAAACCUUUGCACAACACCAGAAUAUAUCGGAUGGACUAGAAAGAAUUGCAGACAGUCUUGCCAUCUAUGUGACCAAAAUCCAUGGCUACCUACAACUGAACCAUCUCUUCCUCCAACAAAAGAAUGCGUUGAUAAGAGGGAUGACUGUUACUGGUUUGACAACUCGUAUUGUUUUGGGGAAAACCAUGCAUGGGCACGAGAUAACUGUCCGAGGAGAUGUGGAAUGUGCGGCGAUGUCAAUCUUACUUGCGUCGAUGAUAUAACCUAUUGUCACAAACUUGAUCCCAAGAUAUGCACGGAUCCCAGCUAUCAAAGUUGGGCAAGGACGAAUUGUCGAAAAUUCUGCAAUCUAUGUGAAGUAAAAACAACGACUCCUCCAUCAACAACACACGGGUACGUUACAGAACCAAUAGCCACAAAUCCUAUUGAUGGAGGGUGGACACUUUGGGACACGUGGUCCGAUUGUAGCGCGACAUGCAAUGGCGGGACCAGGACAAGACAGAGAUACUGCGUGAAUCCUCCUCCUCAGAACGGCGGCCGCAAUUGUGUUGGUACAGUCCAGGAAAGUGAAUCCUGCAACCCAUUCACCUGUCCAAAUUGCAACAGAAGAUGUCCGUGGGGAGGAACACUAUCAGACGAUUGCAGCACUUGUAAAUGUUCCGAAUCCGCUGUUUUCGGUUUCGUUAAGGAUGAAAACAACCAUCCUAUCAGCGGUGUGGAGGUGUUCCUAAGCUCCAAACAGUGGGAGCCUUUUUCUACUACGAAUGCAUUUGGGGAAUUUUCCGGCGAUGGAAAUUGUCUGAUAGGAGAACGACUUGUGUUUAAACAUAAUGGCUAUAGCGAGAAUACGUGUGACGUUUACAUGAUGAAUGACACCCACUGGCAGUGCGAUGGGAAUUUGCAAACACUUGUGUCACCAAAAAUAAAGACGAAUCCUGAAGAUAAAAUUAGAAUGAAAAGUCAAAAUGUGAUGCUUUGUUGUGAAGCCAUUGGUCGCCCAAAUCCUUCGAAAUACGUUUGGUUUAAAGACAAUGUUGAAGUACCAGGAGGAGAGGAUGGACACCUACAUUUGGAAAAUCUACAAUCAGGUCAUGCAGGUCUUUAUACAUGCCGUACUCAGACUGUAGCUGGUUCUGUCAUAUCAAAACCGGCAAAGCUUACGGUUGAAGAAAAUUGUGACGAUACUUGCCAAGGGCAUGUGGAAGAAAAAUAUAUAGAUUUACCGAGCGGUUGCUAUUUCAACGACAAUGGAAAACAAAAUGCUACUCUUAAUGUUGGGCAAUGUCGAAGGGGUAUUUGUUUGACAAGAAGCAUGCUAAAUACAGAGACAUGUAGAGAUCCCUGGGAGAGGCACUGCUGUGUUUCAAAGAGCACCAAAACUGUUGACAUUCAAUGCCAAGGGUUCACAUAUCCGAUAAAUAUGAUUUCCUCUUGCAAGUGCAAUAAAUGUGUGACGCUGACACAAGUAUCAGGAACCGCAUAUGGUAUAAAAGGUGGACAGGAAAUUCCGUUCAAUCAGGGAGAACUAUAUAUCAAUGACAAACUUGUGGGUGUUACAAGUUCCACCGGGUUUUUUAACAUACGUGUCGAUUCUAACUCCACAAACAUUGUUGUUGAACUGAAAAAUGAUCGUGAUCGAAAGUUUAUGGAUACAAUAAAAACUAUUGAAAUAGCAGAAGAUGAAAAUACACAAGUAAAUAUUAUUGUUCCUUUAAAGCCGAAACCUAUUCGCUUUGACACAGGGAUGGAGAUGUCCGUUUCAUUGGGAUCGGUAGAAAGUGCCUCACCAGCACUACAACUGUCUUUACCAGGAAACUCAAUAAUAACAUCAGAUGGUACACCAUUCAAUGGACAUGCAAACGCGAGUAUACAUUUUAUGGAUCCCCGAAGCUUAGAAGACCUUCAAUCAGCGUAUGGAAGUGUUAGCUAUAUUGAUGAUCACGGUGUCGACACGCCCUUAGACACAUAUGGAAUGUUUGAUCUAAAAGUUGAAGAUGAUAGGGGGAAUGAGCUGUUUGUAAAUGCACCAAUUACAGUAGAAAUGGACGCAUCUUUAUUUAAUGUAACUCUAGAUAAAGACGGCAACCCGGAUUUAUACUCGUGGUAUUUAGAUCAUACAAGUGGGAGAUGGGUAAAACAGGAGCAGUUCAAAUUCAAGAACAGUGUAUCAAGUGGAAAACGAAAGCUUCUUCAAUCGUCACCAAUCCUUAUUGGUGUAUUUCCGCGGGUGAAUCCAAUAAAUAUAUUGGAAACUGUAACCAAAACACGUAUCGAACGCAGAAAUCGACAUAAUUGUGAUAGUCCACCUCUGUAUUACUACACGCAAGUUACGUAUCGAGACACACAGACUAGGAGAGAUGCAUGCGUCGUACGUGUGAAAGUUUAUGAAGAUACUUUGUUUAACCAACCUAUUUCAUCAGGGGCAACUGUAGUGGCCUACACAUGGGACAAAUCUGCUAGAAAGUACUCUGGUUCCUACUCGAAAAAUGUCAAUAAAGACGGAGUUGCUUGUCUAAAAGUGUUCUGCCGACAAGACGUCUUCAUCCACGCGAAACAGAGUAUAGACCCAAUCAAUUUAGUUGCGUCUAACAGUCAUUCGUUGCCAUUUGGAUUCGGUUACAAUAAUACUAACAAUUCCUUAAUUGUUCAAUUCCAUGCACGAGAUUGGGGAUAUGAUGUCACUACGAAAAAAUUAGGACCAGUAUUUGUAUAUAGUAAGAAAACACAAUGCGAUUGGCGGGACGGCAAAGACGACUUCCAUUUCCAAUUCGCACCGCUCGUCAAACCACCAGACUAUCAGCUCACGAUUAGUACAGAUAUUGUUGAUAACAAACUCUCCUGGUAUCCAGCCGAAAAAGACAAAAUGACUAGACGAGCUUGUUUCAUCAAAGUUCGAGUUCUCGGUUCCAAUCCCCUUCUGCGAAAUGUAAGGAUCAUGGCAAUAAGUUACCAAAGGGAUAGUAGAGCUGCUAACAUUUAUGGCUCUGUUAAUGUUGGUCCAAUUCCGGACCUAGCAUCAUCCAAUAUAGACUACAGCACGAGAGCUGCAUGCGUGGAGUUCAGGUGUCCAGGAGAGGUGCGGGAUGGGCCUACUAUAGUUCACAACGUGCCAACUGACGUCAAAGUGAAUUUGAUGUACAGCGCAUCUACCUGCAGAUUGAAACUAAAUCCUCAAUUUGGUAUCAGAGGAAACGUAAGACCAAACCGACCGUCCAAUCCAGGGUUUUCUUUUUCCCCCCUACCGAAUGACAACUACGGUCCAAUAACUGGAGUGUAUAUAGGAAACGGUGCAACAGAGACAAUAAGAAAUUUCUGCUUAUCUGGGAGGGAUACAGACCCCAUAAGCAACACAAUGAAAACCACAAAAGAAACGUCUGCAGCAACAUUUGAAUGUUAGUAGACGGAACACAUUUCCUGACUGUCAAUUACUUGCAAUCAUAAGCAUUACUGAAUAUAUGUCUAUAUAAUGCAUUAAAAGUGUCACUAGGUAUACAAUAGUGGUUCGAAAUUUGAAGUUGUAAAUAUCAUAAUUAAAACCCUGUGAUCUUUCCAUAUACUUAUUUCUUUGUUUAAAGUCUGGGAAUAGUAAAACUGGUAUAUACUAGAAUUCUUUCAGAAUGAAUGUUGCAACUAUCACGACCUGCAUACCAUUUACCUUUGAUUAAAUUCCAUAUCAUGCAUAAUAUAUACGACAAGAUUAGUCAAAAUUUACCUGUUUCGGCUGAUAAUUUCACAUGUAUCAUGCAUGUAUCUUGCAAUAUAUAUUCAAUGUACUAAAUGCAUAUGCUGUUUUGUCCAAUCGUAUUUCAAUUUCUCAGAUAUUUUGAUCUUUUCUAAGAAAUAUAUGUUCAGGGUUAAUUUGUUUUACUAAACUUCGUAAGUUCAAGAUUUCGUCGUAACCUUAAGGUACGAUAAAUAUACGUCUUAUUAAUUGUUUUAACUUAAGUUACAUUAAAAUAUCACCGUAACCUUAUGACAGCCUAUGGGCUAUCCUAAGUUUAAAAAAUUCGUAAGUCAUUGUCAAGUAAAUAAAAAUGACUACCCUCA